UAUUGCAAGAAGAACAACAUUAUAACACUCUGUCCUCCUCCCCGUUCGUCGCACCUUACCCAGCGUCUCGAUGUUGGUUGUUCUAGCGUCUUGAAGAAGAUGUACGGUGCCGAGAUUGAGCUCUUCAUCAAGGCGCGGAUUACGUAUAUCACCAAGCCCGACGAGUUCUUCCUUGCAUUCAAAGCCGCUGUAACGGUCUCAGGUAGUAUAUUGCAACUAGCUGAUGACGACUCUACGAGUACACUGAACUUGGGGGAGGAAAGAAGAGAUGUGAGACUCUGGUAGCUCG